AUGGCUGAUAUCUAUCAAAGAGACAGCCUGUUCCAGGUGAAUGGCCUGGUGGCAGUCAUCACUGGCGGAGCCACUGGCAUUGGUCUUAUGAUGACAAAGGUUCUUGCAGCCAACGGAGCAAAGAAGGUCUAUAUCAUCGGCCGUAGAGAAGACAAACUUGAAGAAGCCGCGUCUCACAACCCCUCCGUCAUAAUCCCAGUCGUUGGAGAUGUGACCUCAAAAGACACUCUGAAAUCAAUUGCGUCUCGUGUCGAGAUCGAAGUCGGAUACAUCAACCUUCUCGUCUGCAACAGUGGCGCGAUGGGACCCUCUGCGGGCACCAACAACCGCGAAGCCAGCAUCGCCGAAUAUGCAGCUGCGGCUAUGAAUCAAUCCUGGGAUGACAUCACUUCAACUUUGAACAUCAAUGUCACCGCUGUCCUCUUUACAGCGUAUGCGUUCCUGGAGUUGUUGGACAAGGGUAACAAGAACCCAGUCGCCCAGAAAACAAAGAGCCAGAUUUUGGUCACUGCGAGUAUUGCUGCCUUCAGCAAGCAGCCGAACGGAUCGAUGGCAUAUAAGGCCAGCAAAGCCGCUGUGUUGCAUAUCGCGAAGAACUUGUCCAGUGAGCUUUGGCCUUUCGACAUCAGAUGUAACGCCAUAGCUCCCGGAUUAUUCCCAUCCGAAUUGGCGUCGAGCCUGAUCUCUCAUGCAAAAUUGGACCCUAGGGAUGAGGGUUCGUUCGACAAAUCAUAUAUCCCGGCCGAAAGAACAGGCGAUGAGGAAGACAUGGCUGGCACUAUCCUCUUCAUCGCAUCCCGAGCGGGUGCAUACCUUAACGGUAACGUGCUGUUGAUUGACGGAGGACGCCUGAACAUCAUGCCGAACUCUUACUGA